AUGCCGGCUACCCUACCGCUGGAAGCUGCGGAAGGGAAGAGGGCCAGCCUCCUGACUUUCCUUGCCUGGUGGCAUGGGUGGACCUCCCAAGCCAGCUCCAGCGCCCUCAUCGGAGGGGAUACCAGCGAGGUGUCUAGGCGACAGGAAAGCCCACCUCUCCAGCAGCCCCCACACCGGGAUAAAAAGCCCUGCAAGAACUUCUGGAAAACCUUCUCCUCUUGCAAAUAACCCCGCCCUGGCCACCCCUGGAAAUGCAUCCAUAAUCUGAAUAAAGAGUGUCGGGUAGCA